UAGUGAAAACUGCCAGCCUUGAUAAUUGACAAAGGGUUGUUUUUACAAAGCCAAAUAAAGGAUUUAAGACACGACACAGUCGCGUGUGUAAGAGCUAAGCGCAAUCAUUGUGUGUAUAGGAACAGCUUGUGUUCAUAUCUAAGACUUGCGUCGCUGAAAAAAUGGGAAAAGGUCUAUUAGAGCGGUUGGCGGACGGAGGGACGGUAGUGAUAGCGGAGGGCUACCUGUUGGAGCUAGAGCGGCGGGGAUACCUUCAGGCCGGAAGUUUCGUACCGGAAGUCGUUCUCGAGCACCCACACCUUGUCAAGAAUUUGCACGAGGAAUUCGUGCACGCUGGAAGCGAUGUCGUUGAAGCGUUCACGUACUACAGUCACAGGGAAAAACUUCGGUGUAUCGGUCGUGAAGAUGACCUUGAACGACUAAACAAAAACGCACUAGCGAUGGCUCGAGCAGUUGCAGACGACACUGGAACACUGAUGGCGGGAAAUAUUUGCGUUACAGGCGUCUACAAUAACGAAGACGAUAAAACACAUAGCGCCACCAGAGAAAUGUUUGUUGAGCAGGUGGACUGGGCGGUGGAGGGCGGGGCGGACUACAUAAUUGCCGAGUCCUUCGGAUACCUUGGCGAGGCGCUCCUGGCUUUAAAUGUUAUAAAGGAACAUGGGAAAGGGUUACCGGCCGUAGUGACGAUGGCCCCAUAUGUCCCGGACGUGACGCUUGACUAUGUUCCCAUUCCGGAGGCCUGCAGACGCCUAGAGGUCGCGGGUGCCGCGGUGGUGGGCCUUAACUGCCAGCGAGGCCCAGAAACAAUGCUGCCUCUCUUGAAGGAGAUCCGGAAAGUCUGCAAAGGUCCUAUCGCGGCCUUACCAGUCCCGAUGAACACUCGUGAAGACUGUCGGACCAUGUUCUCACUCAAAGACGAAAAGACCGGUGAACUCUUGUAUCCGACAAACAUUAACCACUUCUUAUGCACGCGCUUACAAGUGCGACGGUUUGCUGAGGCGGCACGGGAAAUCGGUGUACAGUACAUAGGUCUGUGCUGCGGAAAUGCGGCGUAUCUUACACGCGAGGUGGCUGAUGUGUACGGGCGAAAGCCACCUUCUUCGCGGUAUGCAGCGGAUAUGUCGCAGAACACGAUGGUCGGGGAGGAGGCAUCUCGAGUUAGCACGGCCGGAGAUAAGGUGCGCAAGUUUUGCCUGGGGACCUUCACCAAGGAAGAACUUGACGAAAUAGAACGAUACAUGAGCGGAGAGCUUGUCAGUGAAAUUAAAUAAUGUCGACAGUUAAUUUUUGGUUGACUAUUUGACAUCAAAUUAAGCUAUGACAGCAUUACUGAAAAUAAAUUGUAUUAAGUUAUACAAGAGUGCCAUUAAAUCAUUUCUUUACAAUUUGUUAGGUAGCUUUGUGGAUUAAUACAUCAGAGUUUCAAGGGAGAGGGAAUACUUAUUGUCACCGAUUUUCCGGCAUUGUAUUAAACUAUAUGUCAAGUUACCUUCUUAUGACGGUUAACGGCAUGAAUUGUUCCGGACUGCCUGGUUCACACAUUCAAGCUUUCAGUUGUUUAAUAAUAUAAUGUGCACCGAUGCUACUAGUGAUAUAUACACGUUUUCUAAAUUCGUAUAUCAAGCAUUCGAUUAUGGAAAGCAACUGGUCUUACACGAAUUAUAUAUUGUACAACUUAUUAUACAUGAAAUAGAACCAUUUAUGCUUACACUGCUUUGAUAUGCUUGAUUUGUGUAAAAACAUAGGUACAUGUUUUGUAAAUAUGUAAUAUAAUACAUUAUAUAAUUGACGUACACAAUACUACGAUUUGUCAUAUGUAUUCUUGGUUAGUGGCCUUAAAAUACAAUGAACAAUAUAAUAUGUUA